CCUAAACGCAGCCUCUUGCGCGUGCAUUGGUGCAGCAAUAUGUGCCUCACCCAGUCUGGGAUGAGAGAGGUCCUGACCCUCUGCGACUACGCAUCGCGUCCUCUCUUGUCCGCCUGUCUGUCUGUCUCCGUGCUGACCGACGGCGAGGUAUGCACCGAUACAGCCCUGACGACGAGUCGAUUGCCCGGCCGUCGUUGGUGUGCAGAUGCAUACGUAAGAGGUCUAUGGACAUCCCGAAAAUGAAAAUCAGCCAAAGUCAAUACAUCGCCCCAAACAAUGUAAUGUGAGUCGAGUCAAACUGAGCUACAUGGUCGGUCAGAAAUAGCAGACAGUGAUCUUCACAUCGGUGUCCUUGAAGAUGUCUUUGAUCAUGCUGCUCACUGUCGGCCAAUCCAGCUUAUCGAGGCCGCAACCGAUUUUGGGCAUGCCCAACGCCCUCACCUGCACAACACUCGCAGACACCCAUGGAUCGACGCAACCAUUUGGAUCGAUUUGUGUGCCUCCGCCCAGUGCAUUGAUCUGUCCGUCUAUGCGCACAUACGUUCUUGGAAACCACGUGUGCGAGCAGGUCACAGAGUGAUGUCUCGAGGUCGUGGUAGGUGGGCUUCUCCCAAUAUUUGGCCUUACCAUGCAUAGUCUCUUCCCAUCCAUAGUGUCCUUCCUCCCUCCCUUCGUACCUUCGUGAUGAGGUUAUACAGGAAGGGCGGACCUGCAUUGCAAUGCACGAUGCACUCAUUAUCGUGUGUGCGCAUGCCUGUCAGCCAUGCCUGCCCACCGCUGUCGCCAUCGUUUCUCGGAACGGCUAUCGCCUUGCCCACCGACGGGUGCUGGUUCGCAACCUCACGCUGGAUCGACUGUACACACAACAGCACACUUGCAUGUCCAUCAUGUGUACUUCUGUUCAGAGGCAGACGCACCGGUUUGAUCUUGGCGAAGUGCUGACAGAUGCCCUUUGAGAAAUUGUCGUUGACAGCGACGCAGUGAACUGACAGAUAUGAUACCACAAAAUGCAGACCCACGUUCCGAUGCGUGUGGACACUUUCGUUUCGUCUCACCGAGGGAAUAGGUCUUGUCCAGAAGCUUGAACAUGUCACCCUUUCUCUCCUCAUAGGAAAAGGCGGGCCCAGAUGGCGAGGGCGUGCCCAUGGGCUGCACCAUGGUGCAGAGGUCGGUACGUUUUCUUUUGUGUGGGUGCAUCGGUGUCCCUUACCCGAGGUGCAUCGAUGCUGCCCUGUUUCUUCUGCUUGACCUUGGGCUCAUCGCCGCUACCCUGACCACACCCAUCCAUGUAUGUCCCCGCAGGUGGCUGUGUGUGCAUUCCCACCUUGUUGGCCUGUUGGUCGACCUUCCAUCGCCUCUUGCGCUGGCUCCCAGCCCCACCAUCGCCUCCUGUGUCCUCGUCGUUGCCACCUGUGUUGUGGAUACAUGUCACGGACGUACAUGUGCCAGAGGGGAGUGUCCGCGUCGCAUGCGUACCUCCGCCCCCCUCGCCACCCUGCCCGUCGGUCAUUUCGACGUCGUCAUCCGCAGCACUUGCAGCGGAGACGUCGCCCUUCACGCACACAGUGAUGCGCAGAGACAGGGAUCCGAGAACUGCACAGAGAAGAGGGUUUGUGAUGCCCACGAACAGCUUUCGACAGGUGAAUGAAUGCGUAGGUGUACCUUCUCGUAUCAUCUGUUUGACUUUCGGCCACUCUAGCUUGUCGAGUCCGCAGCCAAUCAGCGGGAGACCUGCACAGCACAAAGACCCGCAGCCAGCUAGCCAUGCAUCACGUCCACGCCCCGCCCGCCACACAUCCUUACCUAGUUUCUUGGUGUCAUGCUGUAUGAGGAGUCGCUUCAGGCUGACGAGUGAGUCCUUCAGUGUGUCGUACCUGACACAUGUGUCCCGCUUUGCCAUGUGCGCAGCUAUACAUGCAAGGCCCUCUUCUCUCUCCUGUCCUACGUCGGUUUUCCAUGGUAUUUCUCCUUGGUCACGAGAUAAUAGAGGAAGCGACCUGCAUUGCAUUGCGUCCACCCAAUACGUCCAUCGGGUACAGGUGUGGAUGCCCAUGCGUUACCUUGAUGGUGCAGCACAGCCACAUCCCCCACACCCACGUCCUGACUCUUGAGCUCUUCCACACCCUGACCAAAAGGAGAGAGAAGCCAAGAACGUUGAAAUGGGGUGGGUCCUCCUGGUGCAUCGCUUACCCCGAACCGCUCUUUGAACGUCUUGGCGAUACCCUUCCCCAUCUGCAGAUCACGACUGACGCAAUGGCCUGCCCGAAACCAAUCCAAAGCCACGCAAGUAGGGCUGUCCGGCUAUCCUUGAUUCGUGUUGUUGUACCCAGUGCAUAUGUGGAAUCCAGCUUGAAGAGGUCCCUUUGCACCUCCUCCAACACGAAGUCGUGGCCCGUGCCAGUCGCUGCACACACAGAGUAUAUGCACACCCAUUGCUCAAUACCGAGCCCACGCGCAGGAAUAUCUGCGUGUACUCACCAGCAGCCGACUUGCCUUGAGGGCGGUAGGAAGGCGGAGAGGGAGCCUGCAACCAUCCGCCAAAAAAGGGAGGAACUUUGUCCUUUGUUGGUGUCCAUACAUACCUUCUUGUCGUCCUUGCUGCUCUCGCCGUUUUCCUUCUGCUCACUCUGCCCAGCUGCUUUGUCUUCGCUAGCCUGCGUGCACGCACACAUACUUACACUCCAGCAGACCAGACACAAGGGAGCCAGCGCAUGAAACCUGUCGGUUCGUUGGCAUCCCUGCUGCUGCUGCUGCGGCUUGCCCUUCCCCUGCACCGUCCCUGAGGGCGCUGCGGACCUCCAUGAGCAGCACACCCAGCCUUGAGAAACGACGCAUCAAAGCAUACAGGUGAGUAGAAGCACCGGCAAUCCUUCGAUCUCUCGUCCUGGCUCACUUGUUCUCCCCUUGUCCGUUGCACACGCCCCAAAACCUGCAGAUAUGUGGCACCACGAAGCGAUCCACCUUCUUACUUGGCACACACUCUCCUACGGCAUGAUGUCCGUAUUGCGCUCUUACUUGUCAUUCCACGUGUUGCCCUCCUCAAGAUGACGGUCUCCAGUGGCCACCAGUCUGUCCGUCAGCUCCUUGUCAGAUGUGAACUUGGCCAUCAGAAGUUGUUUCAUGAUGUCGACGCGGGCCCUGAGUUUUGAGUACAACGAAAGCCACACCAUCACCAUCCCACAUGGCCUGCUCAUAUGCAAAUGUCAACAUCGUGUUGGCUAGCUGGGCGUACGUUCCCCAGUCAGGUCUGAGCUGGACUUUCCUGGAUAGAACGCAUCCAUACAAAGGAAGGGUGCAUGGUCUUGGUCGUCACCCGUCAUGACGUCGAUUGCGUACUUGCCGGCGCGCUUCGCUUCUCUUGGUUCUUUGAUGGACGCGAUGUGUUCCCGGUCCUGCAGCCACAGGUCGAACGAUGAGUGAUCGCAGACAAUGGGGGGACACGCAGGGUGUCCUGAAUUACCUUACCCCCUCGUCCAUGCUCUUGGCCGCCUGAAACGCACUGAGAGCCAACAUCCGUAUGAGCAUCGGCCACGCAUGGUGAGAUCUCCGUAUCUUACUGCUCUACGGAUGGGUAGGUACGUUCUUCGAAGGUGACGGAACCUGCGAGAGGCAAGAGGAGAGGUCAGAGAAUAUCCCAUCCAUCCAUUGGCUCCCCCACGUCACUUACAUGGGUAGAAGUUCGAUAGGUAGUCAUGCAGACCUGCGUGCGGAAACACCGAUAGAAUCGCCUACUAUAGAUGCAAAUGCCAUCCUGUCGUCUGACCUUUGAAGCGUUUGAUAGGUCCCGUUUCAUCGCUCUCUUCUGUCGACAUUGCGGACGGUGCGAUGGCUUCUGACGCUUCUUGUGUUUGUCGAGACUCUCUGUGUGUGUGUCGCACAGAUUCUUUCGGCCGUUGCCUUCGUGUUGGACUCGUAGAUCAGGU